GUGUGUGUGUGUGUGUGUGUGUGUGUGUGUUCUGCGCUCACUCACGUAUUUAACAGUGGGGUGGUGGCGGUAACUCAAUAUGGAGCUCUAUAGAUAUUUCGCGAAACUAACACCGUUUAACUUGGAAACAUUUCACUUCUAUCAUGUGUUCGCAGUCUUGUGUAUAAUCUACAUUUCAGCGGUGCUGAUUAAAUGGUCUAUAAAGAGAAAGAGGUGGAUGCGUGCCUUAGAGCAGUUUCCUGGACCUCCUGGCCACUGGCUUCUCGGACAUGUUACAGAGUUUAAGCAAGAUGGAACAGAUUUGGAGAAGAUACCCAAAUGGGGAGAACAUUAUCCCUUUGCUUUCCCAAUGCAGUUUAGCCCAGAUAGUAUACAUCUUUUUGUCCAUCACCCAGCUUAUGUCAAGCCCAUUCUGGCAACAACAGGACCAAAGGACGACUUUGCAUAUAGAUUCCUCAUCCCUUGGAUAGGUGAAGGUUUACUUGUUACUGCUGGACAGAAAUGGUUUCGCCACAGACGACUCCUCACACCAGGAUUCCAUUAUGAAAUCCUAAAGCCUUAUGUGAACGUAAUGGCAGAUUCAGCUAAAGCUAUGCUGGACAAGUGGGAAGUAUAUGCAAGAACAGGGCAGACCUUUGAACUUUUUCAGCAUGUUAGUCUGAUGACACUGGACAGCAUAAUGAAGUGCGCGUUUAGCUGCCAAAGCAACUGUCAGACAGAGAGAAGAUCCAACCCAUACAUAAAGGCAGUGUAUGAACUGUGCUACCUGGUGAACUUACGGUUUCGCGUCUUUCCAUAUCACAAUGACAUCGUCUUUCACAUGAGUCCACAUGGCUACAGAUACAGAAACGCAUGCAAAAUUGCACACAGCCAUACAGAUGAAGUCAUAAGACAGAGAAAAGAAAUCUUAAAUAAGAAGAAGAACCAGGAUAAUGUUCCAGAGAAGAGAUGUUUAGACUUUCUGGAUAUCCUUCUAUGUGCUCGUGACGAGCAGCAGCAGGGUUUGUCUGAUGAAGCCAUCCGAGCAGAGGUGGACACUUUUAUGUUUGAGGGACACGACACUACUGCCAGUGGCAUCUCCUGGAUCUUCUACAGCAUGGCCUGCAACCCUGAUCAUCAGCAGAAGUGCAGAGAGGAGAUCCAGCAAGUGCUGAUGGGAAAGGAUACUAUCGAGUGGGAAGACCUCAGUAAAAUACCAUAUACCACAAUGUGCAUUAAGGAAUCCCUGCGCAUGUACCCUCCUGUUCCAGGAAUGGGAAGGAAGUUGUCCCAACCUAUUACUUUUCCUGAUGGAAGAACUGUUCCUGCAGGUCUACUUAUUGGAAUCAGUAUUUAUGGAAUUCAUCACAACCCUACAGUUUGGGAGAAUCCAAAGGUGUUUGAUCCAUUGAGAUUUCUGCCAGAGAACAUUGCUAAGAGAUCACCCCAUGCCUUUGUGCCUUUCUCAGCUGGACCAAGGAACUGCAUUGGCCAGAACUUUGCUUUGAACGAGAUGAAAGUGGUCGUGGCUCUGACAUUGAGGAAGUAUGUCCUCAUCAAAGAUCCAGUUCAUACUCCAAAGAUGAUCCCUCGACUAGUGCUCAGAUCUCUCAAUGGUAUACACCUUAAGAUCAGACUAGUGGAAAAUGAACCUUGAGAAGAUUUAAAUAGUAUAGAAUAACAUACAAGUAUUUUAAAUGAUAAUUUGCUUACUUGAUUCAUUAAUUCAAUUCCAUAACUAAAGUGCAUAUAUCUGAAUAUUGUUAAGGAAACCUUCAUUCUAAAAAUAAGUAAUAUACAGGAGCUACUUUUUAAUUAACUAAUGAAUACAAAAUGAUUAUUUAAAAAUUCUAACACUAUUUCAGAAGCACUUAUAUUUACGUUUGGUGCACUGUCGCAGUACCCCACAUUUUUUUAUUUCUUUUUCAUUCUUGUCAUUACUUUCUCAUCUGUAUUAACUUGCAUUUAUUUUUUUCUGAACACACCUUAUACUUUUUGUCUUACUAUGUUAUCCACUUUAUUCAGGUGUUAGCUUAAUUAAACAUAACACCCUUGUCAAAUGUAUAGUCAUUAAUAAGGUCUGUCCUGUUAUGAGAUGCUUGUCAGAAUUACCCGUUUAGAAAAACGUGGUUUCAGUUAUUAGACAGGAGUGUAUCGUUAUUUUUAAUAAAUGGAUGUAAAAUGUGCAACAUGUUUUUUUUUAUGCUGCACAUUGGGAAAAUCAGAAACACAAAAUAAAAAUAAUUUUAAGGUU